ACAAAACCUAAAGACACUGCAGAGAAGCACCCGGCUGGAGCAGGGAAGUGAGGAACCCUUUGGAGACAGGGAAGGGGUCUGGAUGGAUGCCUUUUGCAGCUUAAGUGGCCUGGACCCACUGUGGGACUGGAACCUCACAUGGUACACAGCUAACCCAGACCUGACUCAGUGUUUUCAGCAUACUGUACUUGUCUGGUUUCCCUGUAUCUACCUAUGGCUGUGUGCACCUUUCUACUUCUUAUACCUCAGAUUCCACAACUAUGGACGCAUUUCUGUAUCCAGCCUCUGCUGUGCCAAGACGGGCUUGGGGCUCUGUUUGGCUUCCUUUGGUUUUUUGGAGCUGUUCUAUCUGCUGGUGGAGAGGAGCAGAGAGAUCGAGCAGCACAUGGUGUUUGUGCUUAGUCCAGUGAUACGCAGCUUAACGAUGGUGCUGGCUGUUUCUGUGAUUCACCUGGAGAGGAUGAGAGGUUGUCGUUCCUCUGUCUUCCUCUUCCUCUUCUGGAUGCUGGCAGUGGUGUGUUCUGUGGUCCCUUUCAGAGCCAACAUACAGGCCAUCAUGGACGAGGGUUUUGCGAGUGAUGCCAUGCGAUUUGUAGCCUUCUUUGCCUACUUUUCUCUCCAGUUGGCUCAGCUGAUACUAAGCUGCUUUGCUGAUCGCCGUCCAAAUGCUAUGAAACCGGUUUCUAAUCCUUGCCCAGUUGAAGAUGCUUCCUUCCUGUCCAAAUUUUUGUUCUGGUGGUAUAGUGGGCUGGUCGUUAAAGGAUACCGAUCCCCACUGAAAGCUGAAGACCUUUGGUCACUGAGGGAGGAGGACACAUCUGAGCAGAUUAUCUCUGACCUGGAGAGGGAGUGGGCAGAACAGCGGGCCAAACUCCAGCAGCAUGAAAGGUCCCUGAAGGCUGCACAGACUCUGGGCAACAGGAUCACAGAGCAAACCCAGCUCCUGAGAAAACUCCGCAGAGAGCAAAGCUCCGGGCUCUGUCUGCUCCGCACACUGGCUCAGAACUUCGGGUCCUUCUUCCUGUCUGGGACGCUCUGUCUGGUGAUCCAUGAUGCCUUCAUGUUCUCCAUUCCACAGGUGCUGAGUCUGCUGCUGGGUUUUGUGAGGGAUGAAGACGCCCCCUUGUGGAAGGGUUACCUCUUUGCCUUCCUGAUGUUCCUGUUGUCCUGCCUGCAGUCCCUGUUCAAUCACCAGUAUAUGUACACCUGCUUCACUGUGGGAAUGAGGGUCAAAACCGCCGUCAUGGGUCUGGUCUACCGCAAGUCUCUGGUUCUCAAUAACGCAGCUCGCAGAACCUGCACUGUCGGGGAGAUCGUAAACCUAGUGUCCGCUGACACACAGAAGCUUAUGGACUUUGUUGUGUACUUCAACGCAGUCUGGGUGGCACCCAUCGAAAUUGCCCUCUGCCUUUUCUUCCUCUGGCAGCGCCUUGGUCCAUCAGCCUUGGCUGGCAUUGCCACAGUGAUUCUCAUCUUCCCGUUGAAUGGCUUUAUUGCCAAAAUGAGGAGCAAACUCCAGGAGGUGCAGAUGAAGUACAUGGAUGGACGCAUUAAACUAAUGAACGAGAUCCUCAGCGGAAUAAAGAUUUUGAAGUUCUAUGCAUGGGAGAAGGCCUUCAAGGAACGAGUGCUGGGCUACAGGGAGAGAGAGCUGCACGCCCUGAAGAAAUCUCAGAUCCUCUACUCCAUCUCCAUCGCCUCCUUCAACUCUUCAACGUUCUUGAUUGCAUUCGCCAUGUUUGGGGUCUAUGUGCUGAUUGAUGAGAAGAAUGUUCUGGAUGCACAGAAAGUGUUUGUUUCCAUGGCCCUGAUCAACAUCCUCAAGACACCACUGAGCCAGCUUCCCUUCGCCAUGAGCACGACCAUGCAGGCUGUUGUCUCACUGAAGCGGCUUGGAAAGUUUCUCUGUCAGGACGAGUUGAAGCAAGACAACGUAGAAAAAGCUCCCUACAAUCCUGAUGGUGAUGGCGUCGUGAUUGAGAAUGGUACGUUCAGUUGGGCCAGAGAUGGUCCUCCAUGCCUGAGGAGGAUCAACGUGCGAGUGCAGCGUGGCUCGUUGGUAGCAGUGGUUGGUCAUGUCGGUAGCGGCAAGUCGUCUCUGCUCUCUGCAAUGCUGGGUGAAACAGAGAAGAGGAGCGGACACGUCACAGUGAAGGGAUCGGCGGCGUAUGUGCCUCAGCAGGCCUGGAUCCAGAAUGCCACCCUGAGGGACAACAUCGUAUUUGGGCGGGAGAAGAAGGACAGCUGGUACCACAGAGUGGUGGAGGCCUGUGCUCUCUUACCAGACCUGGAGAUUCUACCUGCGAGAGAUGCCACAGAGAUUGGAGAGAAGGGCCUGAACCUGUCAGGCGGGCAGAAGCAGAGAGUGAGCCUGGCACGUGCCGUGUACAGGAAAGCCGACGUCUACCUGUUGGACGACCCGCUGUCGGCCGUUGAUGCCCAUGUGGGACAGCACAUCUUUGACCGAGUUAUUGGGCCAAAAGGGAUCCUUAAAAACAAGACGCGUGUGUUGGUGACCCACGGGCUAAGUUUCCUGCCCCAGGUUGACCUGAUCCUAGUGAUGGUGGAUGGAGAGAUUACAGAGAUGGGAUCUUACACAGAGCUGCUGAACAGGAAGGACACUUUUGCAGACUUUGUAAAAGCAUUUGCUGGAAAUGAACGUAAAGAGAGCUCCACACACAGAGGCACCAGGAAAUCUGUUUCUCGUCUCAGUAUGACGGAUUUCUCUAUCGACCUCUCACAGGAGCAACUCAUCAGCGGAGACAUGGGAAGUGCUAGCAUACAAACCAUGGAGGCCAUAUCGGACUCAGAGCAAGAACAGGACCAAGAGGAACUGGGGAAAUUGACUGAGGCUGACAAAGCCCACACAGGCAGAGUGAAGUUGGAGAUGUACUUGGACUAUUUCAAGACCAUCGGCCUGGCCUUCAUCAUUCCCAUCCUCUUCCUCUAUGCCUUCCAACAGGCUGCCUCCCUAGCCUACAAUUACUGGCUAAGCCUUUGGGCCGAUGACCCCGUUGUCAAUGGCACUCAGAUAGACACAGAUCUUAAGCUUGGUGUUUUUGGAGCUCUUGGUUUUGCACAAGGUGUGGCAAUUUUCGGAACCACAGUGGCGAUAUCUCUGGGAGGCAUCAUAGCAUCUCAUCACCUGCACCUGGACCUACUCAACAACGUGCUCCAUUCCCCUAUGUCCUUUUUCGAGUGCACUCCCAGCGGGAACCUGCUGAACCGCUUCUCUAAGGAAGUGGAUGCUAUUGACUGCAUGAUCCCCGAUGGUUUGAAGAUGAUGCUCAAUUACGUCUUCAAAAUGAUGGAGGUCUGCAUCAUCGUGCUGAUGGCGACACCUUUUGCUGGAGUGGUUAUUCUCCCGUUGACGCUCCUCUAUGCCUUCAUCCAGAGUUUCUACGUGGCCACAUCCUGCCAGCUGCGCAGGCUGGAGUCAGUGAGUCGCUCACCCAUCUACACGCACUUCAAUGAGACAGUGCAGGGAGUCAGUGUGAUUCGAGCCUUUGGAGAGCAGCCCAGGUUCAUCCUGGAGGCAAACAGCAGGGUGGACCACAACCAGACCUCUUACUUCCCCAGAUUUGUGGCCACCAGGUGGUUGGCUGUGAACUUGGAGUUCUUGGGGAACCUGUUGGUUCUUGCAGCUGCUAUACUCUCUGUAAUGGGAAGGGCAACUCUGAGCCCCGGCAUUGUGGGACUGGCAGUUUCCCACUCCCUCCAGGUGACAGGAAUCCUGAGCUGGAUUGUUCGAGCGUGGACAGACGUGGAGAACAACAUUGUGUCAGUGGAGCGGGUGAAGGAGUAUGCGGACACACCGAAAGAGGCAGCCUGGACGGUGGAGAACAGUCCCCUCCCACUGGCCUGGCCAAGAACUGGCACUAUUGACUUUAGGGAAUACGGACUUCAGUAUCGCAAGGGUCUGGACUGGGCCCUGAAGGAAAUCACUCUGAGUGUUAAGGAGAAAGAGAAGGUUGGAAUAGUAGGGAGGACAGGAGCUGGAAAGUCCUCUCUUGCUCUGGGAAUCUUCCGGAUCCUGGAAGCUGCUAAGGGAGAUAUCCACAUCGAUGGGAUAAACAUCGCCAAGAUCGGUCUGCAUGAACUGAGGUCUCGCAUCACCAUCAUACCACAGGAUCCGGUGCUGUUCUCUGGAUCUCUGCGCAUGAACCUGGAUCCCUUUGAUGGUUACUCAGAUGAGGAGGUGUGGAGAGCUCUGGAACUGGCACAUCUGAAGAAUUUUGUGUCUGGUUUGCCUGACAAACUCAACCACGAGUGCUCAGAGGGAGGAGAGAACCUCAGUUUGGGCCAGCGGCAGCUGGUUUGCCUGGCUCGAGCUCUCCUCCGCAAGACCAAGAUUCUGGUUUUGGACGAGGCCACGGCAGCUGUGGAUCUGGAGACAGACAAUCUGAUCCAGUCCACCAUCCGAACCCAGUUUGAAGACUGCACCGUUCUGACCAUUGCACAUCGACUGAACACCAUCAUGGAUUACACCAGGGUGAUUGUAAUGGAUAGAGGUUAUAUAGCAGAGAUGGACACCCCAGCCAAUCUGAUCGCUCAGCGUGGUCAGUUUUACAGGAUGUGCCGAGAGGCAGGGCUGGUCUGAACUCUCUUCCUGAAUUGAAGAAACCUCUAACUGUCAGCCCCCUCUACCGAGUGAAACAGAUGGGGGCUUGAUCAUUUUAAACUGUUCUGGCACUCUAAAUCCAGAACUUUCCACAGCAACAGGAUGCCCAAUGGAUGAAUUACAGCCUGCCUCUACUUGCAUGCAGCACUGCAGUUGCAGUCAGCUUUUAGAAGGACAGGCAUGACCAGUGUAGCUGUCCUGCUCUGUUAAAAGUGCCAUAAUAUCAUUCUGAGAGAGAGACAAGUUGGAUUUCUGAUGGUCAACGGAGAGUCUACUACACAACUCUCACUACGUCCACAGUGGAGGCGA